UUUACUCGGAAGCAACAAAAACUCCUUAACCAAGCUAAAAAGAUGGAGGGAGUUCCCGACUUAAGUGCCCUGUUGAAAGGGAAGCUUCAAAUGCUCUCGACGAAAUCGUCUUCUGCCGGUGCCUCAGAGGUCAGGCCUGUUCCCACAGAUGGAGAUGUGAACUCUGAGCCGCCAGCUCAGAGUUCCCCAAAGAAGAAGGCCAAUAGGGCCAAGGCCAAGAACAGGAAUGUCCCUUUGGAAGAGGCACCACCUUCUGCCGAUGUCUCUGAAGUCGCGGCUAAGAAGAAGAAGAAAAAGGAGAGCAAGAAAAGGUCUCGCGAAGAGACUUCUGUUGGGGCUAUGGAGACUCCAACUGCCGCAGGGAAUGAUGGUGCGGAAAGAAACGAUCCAGCCGAUUCUACUCGGGGAUCGCCUGAGGAGCGUCCCAAGAAGAAACUGAAGAAGAAGACAGCGGAAGGCGAUGGGACUUCUGCUCCCGAGAUUCCUUCUAGAAGUGGGGAACCAGCUACCGAAGUCGGAGAUGGCUCACGGGAUGAAUCUCCGUCGAGUAAGGGAGCCCCUUCGUCUUCUGCGAGGGAGACUGGUGCGGGAAGCGGAGGUUCGCUUCCGCGGAAGGCGGGAGGAGGAGUUCACUUCCCGGAUCGCGUAGAAUUCCUUUACGACGAGGCGACUCCGUUGGUUCUGAAUCCACUUCCGUGUGCUGAACUGACUCGUCAGAUUCGUGGCGGGACCAAAGAGUUGCCGCCGGUCGACGACUUAUACUUCAAAAAGGAGUACAUUGACGCGGCUAUGGCGGGCAGACGGAGUGACGGGAGCAUGAAUUAUCUCGUGGAGAAGUACGACAGCACUUUGAAGCAGACGAUGGUCCAGCUGGGCGCCUCGGAUAAACUCGCACGGACCAGAUUGGGCGUGAUCGAGAGGUUACGCGCCGAGAACAAAAAGGCCAGCGACAAAGCGGCCAAAGAGAAAGAGGUCCUCCGAGUUAAGUUCGAGGAGUUGGAAGACAAGCUGAAGUCUGACCGUCUUGCGAAGAAGGACGCUCUCCGCGAGAAAACUCGCUUAGAGCGAUUGGUCGCUUCCCUUGAGAAGGAGAAGGCUGAGCUCGAGGGAGAGAGGGACGCUGUCGUCGGAACGCUGGUCAAAGAGAGGCAACGCCUGAGGGAUUCCAGGGUUCAGGAGGUUACCCGCGAGAGGAUCAAGGUCCAAACGGCUAUGGCGGACAAGUCUACUCGCUGUAUCGGUAAGAUGAAGGGCUAUCUGGAUCGCCUUAUCGCGCGAGAGAAGGCCAAGAACUUAUAUGGGCAGGCUUCAGGAACCAAAAAAUGCCUUGAGAUGAUUAAAGAUAGCGGGAUCGCGAUUCCGCCGAGUAUGAUCAACAUCUUCUCGGAGCAGGAGAAGAUGUAUGAGGCUGAAGUCGCCAAUCUUUACCUCGAGCCGUUCUCUGAGGAUGAUUAUGCUCUCUCUCCUCUCAGCCUCCCUUCUCGAUUUGUGAAUGAAGAGCUCAUGGGGGUACUCGACCCGUAUGGAUCAAAUGUUGGUCUGAUUGGCCACGAAUCAGCCUCCCAGUUGAUCACUUCCCGCGAGGCGACUGAAGAUCCAGUCGAUGAGCCGAUGGUAGACAUUACUUCUGCUUUGUCGGAGCGUAUCGUCGUUCCCGAAGGAACUACCAUCGAAGAGCGCCCCGACGGGAGCGAUCCCGAGGAGACCGGGGAAGCGAUUCAAACGGAUACGGGGGAUGUAGCCGCUGAAGAUCCGGUCUUGGUUUCUUCAUCUGAGGAGCGGGAAGAGGACGGAGUGGGCGUGGAGGAGAACGGGUCAUCGCCGGCGCUUGUUGAAGAGAUGGUCCCGAACCUGCCAGUUCCAGACCCUUCUGCUCAGGUUGAAGGCCUUGGCGAUCAAGUCGUUGAAGAAGAAACGAUCGAAGCGCUUGACCCGAGUAGGGAUGACCAAGACGUUGUCGUCUGAUCUUGUUGUAUGUUAUAUUUAGGAUGCUUUCAUCGGUGGUCUUGAUAGACCUUGUUGUUGUACUUUAAAACUCUUUCUACUUUGUGUUUCUUGUCAGUAUUUGCAACCCUUAAGCGAUUUCACUUAUCUGUUGUGUUUUGAAACAUCAGAUUUUCAUAUUCUUAAUUUUUGCAAAUAGACAAGUGAUGAACCGGUAAUUGGUUUUACUCGGCUGUCAUCAUGUUUCGUUUUGGAGUUGUCCAAAAGUCGAUAACAAAGAAUUGAGUAUAAGAGUGAAAGGUCCUUCUGUCCGUUUCCUCAGUGACAAUUAAGCAAUCGGGUAGCUAGGCCGUUACAUUUUAGUCGAGAAAAGGCAAAGAUUCACUCUGUUUAGUCGGUUCAAUGCUUAGGCAUAGGUGAACCGUGACUGUUAAGGUCCUGGAGCCAAGUGUCUGAUCAGGACAUAGCUGCGAGCAAAG